AUGUGCAUAAAAUGUAUCUAUCUAUCUAUCUAUCUAUCUAUCUAUCUAUCUAUCUAUCUAUCUAUCUAUCUCAUCCUUUCCCUUUAUCUAUCUAUCUAUCUAUCUAUCUAUCUAUCUAAACCUUUCCCUUUCAUAUCUAUCUAUCUAUCUAUCUAUCUAUCUAUUGUCUUUCAUUAUCUAUCUCAUCCUUUCCCUUUCAUUAUCUAUCUAUCUAUCUAUCUAUCUAUCUAUCUAUCUAUCUAUCUAUCUAUCUAUCCAAUUCUCUUCGGAUCUAUCUAUCUAUCUAUCUAUCUAUCUAUCUAUCUAUCUAUCUAUCUAAACCUUUCCCUUUCAUAUCUAUCUAUCUAUCUAUCUAUCUAUCUAUCUAUCUAUCCAAUUCUCUUCGGAUCUAUCUAUCUAUCUAUCUAUCUAUCAUCUAUCUAUCUAUCUAUCUAUCUCAAUUCUCUACUGAAAAAAAAAACUGCGUCUGUUUCGGGGUCGGGACACCAAGUCCGUCUUCCCGCCAGUACCACCGCGACCCACCACCAGCAAUCCAGUACACCCCGCCACUGCCUAACUGCAGACAGUAGUCGACGCCGUCAUCAACCAGCUUGUUGUCGAGUGGCAGAUCCUACUUUUUCUAUUCUCCGCCUUCUUUGUACGCUUCUUUUCUCCUUACUCUUCUUUUCUCCUUACUCUUCUUUCCUCCUUACUCUUCUUUACUUUUUCGGCUUGUUUUUUUCUUCUUGA